CGCCGCCCCCCAGCGCCUGCAGCCGCCGGCCGGCCCUCCCCUGCCCCCGCCUCCUCCUCCUCCUUCUCGGCCCCAGUGCCCCGACGCAAUGAACCCCCCCGCUGCAGCAGGCGGAGAGGACACGGGGGCGGCGGGUGGCGGCGGCUGCCGGGGGGCCGAGGGCGGCGGGGAGGCGGCGGGUGCCGCCGGGGUCCCGGAGGAGCCGGGGCUGUCCGCGGCGGAGGAGUCGCUGGAGGAGAAGCUGCGGAGCCUCACCUUCAGGAAGCAGGUGUCCUACAGGAAGGCAAUCUCCAGGUCAGGCCUCCAGCACUUGGCUCCUGUGCAUUCCCUCAACAUUGCAGUCUCCAAUGGACCAGUGAAGGAACCAAGGGCGGCCUUAGAGUGGACUGAAAAUGCUGUGAAUGGAGAGCAUCUGUGGCUAGAGACAAAUGUUUCUGGGGACCUCUGCUACCUGGGGGAGGAAAGCUGCCAAGUCAAAUUCUCAAAAUCCGCUCUGCGGAGGAAGUGUGCUGCCUGCAAGAUUGUGGUCCACAAUGCCUGCAUGGAGCAGUUAGAGAAGAUUAAUUUUCGCUGCAAACCGACUUUCCGAGAAGGAGGAUCCAGAUCUCCAAGAGAAAACUUUGUCCGACAUCACUGGGUGCACAGGCGGAGGCAGGAGGGGAAAUGCAAGCAGUGUGGAAAGGGCUUUCAGCAGAAGUUUUCCUUCCAUAGUAAAGAGAUAGUGGCCAUCAGUUGUUCCUGGUGCAAGCUGGCGUUUCAUAACAAAGUCACCUGUUUCAUGCUGCAUCACAUUGAGGAGCCGUGUUCCCUGGGGGCUCAUGCUGCUGUCAUUGUGCCUCCCACUUGGAUCAUUAAGGUGAAGAAACCUCAGGUGGUCUCCAUACCAGGAGACGAGCCUGAUUGGGCAGGAGACUGGAGCCCCGAAGGGGAAACGGGCGUCUCCUACCCCUAUUGGGAGGGUUGGCAGAACUCCUUAAAGACUUCAACACGGCGAAAGAAGAGAACAUCUUUUAAAAGAAAAGCCAGCAAAAGAGGCAAUGAAGAGAACAAAGGCCGGCCGUUUGUGAUAAAGCCUAUCUCCUCUCCACUCAUGAAGCCACUGCUGGUUUUUGUCAAUCCAAAAAGUGGAGGGAAUCAGGGUACCAAGGUUCUCCAAAUGUUUAUGUGGUAUUUGAAUCCACGCCAGGUCUUUGAUCUCUCUCAGGAAGGGCCAAGAGAUGCGCUGGAGCUGUACAGAAAAGUGCCAAAUCUGAGGAUCCUGGCCUGUGGCGGGGAUGGGACGGUGGGCUGGAUCCUCUCCAUCCUCGAUGAACUGCAACUCAGCCCCCCGCCUCCAGUGGCUGUCCUUCCCCUUGGCACUGGGAAUGACCUUGCCCGCACCCUCAACUGGGGUGGGGGUUACACAGAUGAGCCAGUGUCCAAGAUCCUCUGCCAUGUAGAAGAUGGGACCAUUGUCCAGCUGGACCGCUGGAAUCUGCAUGUUGAGCGCAACCCUGAUUUGCCCCAGGAUGAGCUGGAGGAUGGGGCACGUAAGCUUCCCCUCAAUGUCUUCAAUAAUUACUUCAGCCUUGGAUUUGAUGCACAUGUUACACUGGAGUUCCAUGAAUCUAGAGAAGCAAAUCCAGAGAAAUUCAACAGCCGAUUUAGAAAUAAAAUGUUUUAUGCAGGGGCAGCCUUUACAGACUUUCUGCAAAGAAGCUCAAGAGAUUUAUCCAAGCAUGUUAAAGUUGUGUGUGAUGGUACAGACCUGACUCCAAAGAUCCAGGAGCUGAAGUUCCAGUGUAUAGUGUUUUUAAACAUACCCAGGUAUUGUGCUGGCACAAUGCCCUGGGGGAACCCUGGAGAUCACAGAGACUUUGAGCCCCAGCGCCACGACGAUGGCUACAUUGAGGUCAUUGGGUUCACCAUGGCCUCUCUGGCUGCUCUCCAGGUGGGUGGUCAUGGAGAGAGGUUGCACCAGUGCCGUGAGGUGACACUUUUAACAUACAAGUCUAUCCCCAUGCAAGUGGAUGGAGAACCAUGUCGAUUGGCCCCCUCACUCAUUCGGAUCUCCUUAAGGAACCAAGCCAACAUGGUGCAGAAGAGCAAGAGGAGAACGUCUAUGCCUUUGCUGAAUGAUCCUCAUUCCAUCCCAGAUCGUCUGCGGAUCAGAGUGAACAGGAUUAAUUUACAAGAAUACGAGGGGCUACAUUACGACAAGGAAAAGCUCCGGGAAGCUUCCAUUCCCCUAGGAAUUAUAGUUGUGCGAGGAGACUGCGACUUGGAGACUUGUCGUAUGUACAUUGACCGCCUACAAGAGGACCUACAGUCAGUACCUUCUACUACACAGAGAGUUCAUUACCAGGACCAGGAAAGCUCUUUCCCCAGAGUACUUUCUGUCCAGAGGCUCUCUCCUAGAUGGUGCUUCCUAGACGCAACUUCUGCUGAUCGUUUUUACCGCAUUGACAGAUCUCAGGAACAUUUGCACUUUGUGACAGAAAUUUCGCAGGACGAGAUUUUUAUUCUGGACCCAGAGGUGGUAAUGUCACAGCAGGUGGGGACACCACCAGGAAUGCCUGAUCUGGUAGUGGAGCAGGCCUCUGGAAUAUCAGAUCGGUGGAACCCUGCUGUGCGAAAGAGGAUGCUGAGCGACAGUGGCCUCGGCAAGAUCUCCCCCCACUACGAGGUACCUGACAAACAAAAGGACGCCAGCCAGACACAUAUGCUGCAGUCACCAGUUUCUUCAGAAGAUCAAGCACUUUUACAGGCAGUCAUAUCUGGUGAUCUACUGAAGUUCAUAGAAUGCUGUAAAAAAGGAGCCAAUUUGUUAAUCCAAGGACCUGAUCGCUGCUCCUUGUUGCACCAUGCUGCCAAGACUGGGAAUGGCGAGAUUGUGAAAUACAUCCUGGAACAUGGUCCAUCUGAAUUACUGGACAUGACAGACAGUGAAACGGGUGAGACAGCAUUACAUAAGGCAGCCUGCCAGCGCCACCGCGCCGUCUGCCAGCUCCUGGUGGAUGCGGGAGCCUCUCUGAGAAAGACAGACUCCAAGGGUAAGACCCCUCGUGACAGGGCUCAGCAAGCUGGUGAUCCGGAUCUGGCUUCCUACCUGGAGAGUCGACAAAACUACCAAAUGGUUACCCACGAAGAUCUAGAGACAGCAGUCUGAUGUCUGAAAAUGUCGAAGAGGAUCCUUGGAAGUCUCGAGGCUUCACCUGAGGCACUCAGGCGUCUUGUGAGAAAGAAGCUGAUGGAAUCAACGUGUCUCUCACUCUAGCGGAAAAUACCUGAGGACAUGCCACCAGUUUCUAAGGGCUACUGAGUCUUGCCACGGAAUGGUUAGGUUCCCUAAGUUAGCCCAUGAUAGAUGAGGUGGGACACUUUAAGGUCUGUGGAAUCCAUGGGCCGUGGAAAUUUACCAUUAUUGCUUCCAGCAAGUAGCAUGAACUUCUCCCAUGUUCAUCUAUACAAUUUAUUUUAAAAAAAUAAGGAAGGAAAAAAAAAAGGAAAGACUUAAGAGGGUGUGGGGGAACAAAACUCCAAACUAACUGGGACAUUAAAGCACCCAGUGAGGCCCUCCUCCAUCUUUACAAUUUCCUGCGUUCCUUUUAUUCUCCUGUUCCCCCCACUUCUCAUAAAUUAAAUAGUACCUGUUAUCUCUGUGUUUUCUUCACAAAUGGUCAGGCAGUAGCAAAAUAUUUGAGGAGCUCUGGAUGCCCUUAGGAAAAGUCCAGUGUUUUUACCAGCUACACUCCCUCCCUUGCCAUCCUCUCAAAAACUGCAUCCUCAGUACCCUGUCACCAUGGAGUUUCCUUGCUUUAGGAGAGGAUGCUGUCUGUUACCUUGUUUCCUAGGGUGUGGGGCACAAUUAGAUUUACAACAGUGACAAAACCUAACCUUAUUGUUGCUGGGUAUGUGGUUAUGGUAGCCUCACGAUACAGUAAUUUGUAUGGGAAGGAGUUAUAUGGGAUAUACCGUGUCGAAUGGCAGAGCAGAAAGUUACCAGUAAGGUUUCUCAUAUUACUUUUGUGUGUGUGUAGUGACUGAUCCAGUUCUGCUCAGGUUUCAGGCCUUCCUAAAAGCUGAUAGUGGUUCUUUACUCUUGAAAACAUGGGUUUUACACUGGAGAUAGAUUUGUGCAAUACUGAGGGAGUUCUGAUGGACAGAUAUAUGGACCUAGUGCCCUUUGCAUUACAGCCAGAGAUAGGAAGGAGGCCUAGAACAUCAGCAAUCAGCCUUACUGCUGCCAGCAAACAAAUGGGCACUGGCCCAGUCGCAUCUGGAAUAGAAAAACCUUCUUUGACUGAACCUGUAAACUAUCUGAUUCUUCAAGGGAACAAAGUUUCAGGGAGUCUGUCCCACUGGAGAAGGACAAGCAGCAGCUCCUUGCCUCAUUACCCACUAUAGGCUCGAAAAUGUAAAGCUUAGCCACUGUAAAGGCCUGCUGUGUCUUCACUACUUGUCUGUUCUCUGUCUUGUAACCAUAAAGGAAGAGAAAGCAAACACACAUACAUACAAGCAUAAACAAAAUGUUCCACCUUUGGGUUUCCAAUUGCUGCAGAUAUCUCAGCUGCCAGAAAUAACAGAGCUUCCAUUUCUACUUUGUCUGACCAGUUCCCAUGAAGACAUUAAUGACUGAGUUUUGGCAUAAUUCUUAUAAUACAUUUUUGAGUUUUGCUUUGUUGUUUGUUUUGAAGGAUCCACCAGUGUUUGCUUUUAUAUGCCUUGCUAGGUGUAGCUCUCUGGUAGAUGAUGAUCAUCAGGAUUACAUACAUUUGGAAACCAUGAAAAUAACUCAGGUCAUUAUCCAGAUAAGUUUUUCUUCCUUACUAGAGGUGGAGGAAAUUAAUUGUAUUUAUGUUCUUUUUCUUUUUCUUUUCUUUUUUUUUUUUUUUUCAAACAAGUGAUUGUUAUGGUAGAGAGGGAGGAGCUGAAAAAUAUACUUUUAAUUUUUUUUCUGUUUUCAAAGGUUCAUUUGAUAUGAGCAAAAUAUUUCCGUAGUAUUUCUUCCUCUGGAAGGAAACUAUAUAUAUAUUUGUAAUCUAUAGGUCAAUGGUGACAUGAAAUGUAUUUUGUCUUAUUUUCUGUCUUUCUCGUUUAAAAAAUAAAAUAUGAAAGCCAAAUUCCUUCUCUUGGUAGUCAUCCAGGGGCUUGUGGAGAAGGUCAGUAUGUGUAUAUAUUAGAACAGAAUUUGGCAUCUGUUAAAAUAAAAAAUCAGAAUAUAAUUUUGGUGUGGUAUGUGAAAUUUCCACAAGGAACAUUCUCACGCUGUGGUUUCAUGGUAAGCCUUGCAUCAUUUCCCAGCAGUGAGAAAAGACAUUACUGUAAUAUUUCUAUAUAUUGGAUGAUAAUAAGAAUUAUGUUUCUAUCAAUUUUUUGCUUUGUUUUACUGAUGUGAGAAACGGAUUAAGCUUCAAUGACACCAGGAGCUUAACUCUGUCCUGUGCUGGGGCCAGUCUGGUGCCUGAGCAGAGUGUGGUCACUGACCCUGUGACAGCUCCCUGGUCCCUUAGUCCCAUGAAACAGGUGGAGCAGUAAAGGCUUGCUUUAAUCACAGGUAGCUUCCAGAGGCCACAUGUGAAUUAUGAUAAGGGAGCUGGGUCUGGUCCCUCUCUGUCCCCAGUGGUCCUCCCCUUGUCAGGCUGUCCCUAGUGCCUGGGAGGUGGUUGCGGCUGUGGCUGGCUCUGGAGCAGCUUGUCAGGAUGUGCAGGUUUCUUGAGCAAUUUUGUGCCAUUUGGGCUGCUCGGAGGAACUCAGAGCACAUGAGAGACUGUGGCUUGUCUUUUUCCCUGGAAGCUGGAGUAUGAUGAUGUGAUCAGAGUGAGCCCAUUGUGCCUCUGGAAAGCUGCCCAUGCCGUGUGCUCAGCUGAAGACAGUUACCUAUAUGAUAAAAGCACUGGAUAAUGAUAAAAGCACUGGAUAACGAUAAAAGCACUCCCAGCACUGGAGUUAGGACAGGAACUGGCUGUAUGUAGUGCCUUUAGUAUUCAAGCUGUCCCAAAGUGCUGCACACAUAAUGCACGAGAUACUUGUGAUGUGUUGUAUUUGUAGGUAACAGAACAUGUAUAUUGCUUUCUACAAUGGCAAGGAAUAUCAGAAGUUGGUUCACUGAGGGCAGUUUGGGACCAGGAUGCUACAGGAUUAUUCCUUACCAUUUUUGAAGUGUGAUGGGAUUCUCAAUUUUGGACAGCCACCAGAAGAAGGCAGACUCUGUAGCAGUCAAUGGUGACCUAUGUAUCGAAUCUCUGGAGCACUUGGGCUCUAGAUUUAUCCAGUGUAGUUGUGCCUGCACUGUGCAGGGCCCAAAUUUCAGUGUGCAGCUGGGAAUCCACUUAAAUUAUAUGUAAAGCAUUUUGAUUACUAAAAGUGUCUGUUCAGUUGCCGUGUCUAUAAGUGUGUGUGUAUUACUAUAUAUAUGUAGAUUUAUAAACAUCAGUAUACAUAUAUAUAGAAGCACACACACAUAUACACACACACUUAAAAUUGUGCCAUUUGAAUGACAAAGUACCUAGGGAUGCUCAGCUACUGACAUUGCUGGACUGACAAAAUGUGAUUUUCCAUUUUAAUUUGUUAUUAAGGGGAACUUUUUUAGUAGAGCUGAGGAGCUCCUGAAUUGUUCCAUUGUACUGGUUUUACUAUCUCAUUUUGGAGUUGAACGGAGGGAAAGAAAAUAUUUAUAAUGUUGAUAAAAUAAACUUACUUUUGUAAUUUAA